AUGACUCAACCAUAUCCCACUGCUGUCGCCAACCCAAAUAGGGUAUUGUCACAACGCACACACACAAAGCCAUCUGAAUCUCCCAGGCUGUCUAUGGUCGAGACAUGGUCGAUAUUGCUAUCACAACUGAAGGCAACAACAGCCACAAUCAAGCAGCGCUACGAUGAACGUGCCCAAAUCGAGAAUGAGAUAUCCGCACGCACCGACGAUUGGUGUAUCAACAUCUUCCUGGAGACGUACAAACGUCUUGAUCAGCUAACCGCGGAGCUUGAGAUGCAAUUGGCUAUCACUCAGAACUGUGGCCUGAACCAAGCGUCAUCAGCAUUGUCGACGUUCACACUUUCGCCAUGGCAAAUGGAGGAGCGGUAUCGUGCACUCAUCCAAAUGCAAUCCUACUUGGGGUCGUUCUUCGAGAGAGCUAGUCCCGCAUACGAUCAGUCUCAAACUGUUUGGUGCUUUGAUCCAUCAUAUCAUAGAUCAGAUGGUCUAAACUAUGACCGAUAUGGAGCUGCUGACGUUCGCAAGUCCGAGGCACGAUUGUUGAAGGCUCUCGGGUUGGGCAGCGAACAGAUCCCACUCAAGCUGCUACUGACUUCAAGUGGAGUUGCAGCUUUCACAGUGCUCCAUCAGUUUCUCAUGAGUAAGGUACUUAGCGCAGGUGACACUAUUGUCAUAUCUCCGUAUUUAUACUUUGAGUGCUUCGAGCACUUAAGACUGGUCUCGCACGUGCGGGUCAUCAACACAGACACUUUUGACGCCGAGGACAUCAUUGCGACGGCGGAGAGGCACAAUGCAAAAGCUGUUUACCUCGAUCCCAUGGCAAACACGCUUGGUCUGCAAACCACGGAUAUUAGGCGCUUUGCGCAGCUUCUUUCAGGUCGAGAAGGCUGGUCGGAUCGGUAUUUGAUCAUUGAUGGGACACUAAUCUCUGGUGGGAUGCAGCUGUAUGACUGGUUCAAUGAGCCCAGCCACCCAAAGGUGCUCUACUAUGAGAGUGCCCACAAGUAUAUCCAAAUGGGGAUGGAUGUCGUCAUGUGUGGAUUGAUGGUCUACCCAGAAGAACUCCAUAGUCCUAUCGGAUUGAUCAGGCAGGUUACUGGAACGACCUUAUACUCACGUCAAGCAAACGUUUUGCCGCCCAUCAAUUACGACAUCCAUCAAUCACGAAUGAACUGGCUGACGACAAAUGCGGAGAAGCUCUACCACAUACUGGACAGGCAGUGUUCGACAAUCGCGGACUUCAACUUUCCAAUUCAUUGGCGGAAGCUGGGUUGGAGCCAUGGUGGGAAUGUGGUCACCAUCCGUCUCCUGGGGGACCAGAUGAAUAAGCGAGCGAGUCUCGAUGCUUUUACAGCACUUGUUCUGAGAGCUGCAGAGGAGGAGAGUGUAGGGAUGACAAAAGGUGGUGGCCUCGGCUUCUCCGUCACUCGCAUCUGGCCAUCCACUCCCUUCAUCAGAAACGAAGAUCCCUACAUGAGGAUAUCGGUAGGAGUCGACUCUGAUGAAGUUGAAGCUGUUGCCAGGGCCAUCCAGAAGGGACUCGAGAGACACUACCGUAAUUCCAGAUCGGCAAUGGCGCUAUGGAAGCUCAGGGAGAACGGUCCAAUACAAGCCAAUGGCAUCGGGCUAGUGAAAGCCAACGGUAACGGGUUUGUUGCAGCAAAUGGCAACGGAGCUUUCAAGACGAAUGGAAACUAUUUCGAUGCUGGUAGAUAG